GGAUGCUGGGCGGAGCCAGGCCAGCUGCUGCGCAGGUCGGCCGGCUGCUGGGGCUGCUCAGCGCUUCUGCCGGGAAGGACAGAGGCCAACAUGGAGCAGAGGAAGCACCUGGCCAGCCUCGUCCUGGCUAUCACUGUUCUUCAAGGUACUAUGGCCCAGUUGAAAGGAGAAAAACUGGUAAUAGUGGAUGACAAUCGAGAAGAUGGUUCUGUACUUCUGACUUGUGGCUUGAAAGACCAAAAAAUCAGUUGGUUUAAAGAUGGGAAGGAAAUAAGUUCCCUAAAUACAAGUAAAAGCACAUGGAAUCUGGGAAGCAGUGCCAAGGACCCUCAAGGGAUGUACUGGUGUAAAGGACCAAAGGACCGUUCCAAACCACUCCAAGUGUAUUAUAGAAUGUGCCAGAACUGCAUUGAGCUGAGUGCAGCCACUGUAUCCGGCUUUGUCUUCGCUGAAAUCAUCAGCAUUUUAUUCCUUGCUGUUGGGGUUUACUUCAUUGCUGGACAGGAUGGAGGUCACCAGUCAAGAGCUUCAGACAAGCAGACUCUGCUGUCCAAUGACCAGCUCUACCAGCCCCUCAAGGACCGGGAAGAUGACCCAUACAGCCACCUUCAAGGAAACCAAUUGAAGAAGAAUUGAGCUCAGGACUCAAGAGUAGUCCAGGUGUUCCCCUUCUAUCCAGUUCUCAGAAACAAGACAAUGCAUUUUGGAGCACUCCUAGCAGAGACACUUUCAGUCUUAAAUCUAGACUCACGGCUUCCGGAAGUGACAAACGGAGAAUAAAAUCCAUCAGAGGAAAUGUGAGUCUUUCUCAAAAUAAAAUCAAAGCAAAACAAAA